GCCGGCUUCACCUCGGCCUCUCCUCGGUCGUUGCCCACGGCACUUCUAGCGUUUCAGACUUGCUGUCAUGACGCCAACCACCAGUGUCUGUGUAGGAUUUUCCCUAUUAUGUGCUCUAUGGAUGGUUAGUGAUGCUACGGUGAUACGUCGGGAACCUCGGGCCCUUCUAGCUGAUGCCCUUAGCUGUUUUAGAAAACAACAGCUACGUCUGCUCAAUGACAACAGUGACGACCUGGGAACACAAUCAGAUGACGACGAUUAUUGUCGCGAGUUGCUCAGCAAAUACUCGACACAAGACAUCAAAUGUUUAUUUUCGCCAAUUGGUUGUAUGUUCCGUGAUUACGUACAAGAUAGGCGGUGAAAACGAGUGAAUAAAAACUUUC